GCCUGCGCGUUGCGCUCCUGGAGGCGGCGCAGGGGGAACCGGGCAGCGCCGAGUUGGGAGUUAGUGUCGCCGCCAUGAGUCGCAGCUACAAUGAUGAGCUCCAGUUCCUGGACAAGAUCAAUAAAAACUGCUGGAGGAUCAAGAAGGGCUUCGUGCCCAACAUGCAGGUUGAAGGAGUCUUCUACGUGAAUGACGCUCUGGAGAAGUUAAUGUUUGAGGAAUUGCGGAACGCCUGUCGGGGUGGUGGUGUUGGUGGCUUCCUGCCUGCUAUGAAACAGAUUGGCAAUGUGGCAGCCUUGCCUGGGAUCGUUCAUCGAUCCAUUGGGCUUCCCGACGUCCAUUCAGGCUAUGGGUUUGCCAUUGGGAAUAUGGCAGCCUUUGAUAUGAAUGACCCAGAAGCGGUGGUGUCCCCAGGCGGUGUCGGAUUUGACAUCAACUGCGGUGUCCGCCUACUGAGAACCAACUUGGAUGAGAGUGACGUCCAGCCGGUGAAGGAGCAGCUUGCCCAGGCCAUGUUUGAUCACAUUCCUGUCGGGGUGGGAUCCAAAGGUGUCAUCCCCAUGAAUGCCAAAGACUUGGAAGAGGCCUUGGAGAUGGGCGUGGACUGGUCGCUGAGAGAGGGCUACGCCUGGGCCGAGGACAAGGAGCACUGCGAGGAGUACGGCAGGAUGCUGCAGGCAGACCCCAACAAGGUGUCUCCUCGGGCCAAGAAGAGAGGCCUGCCUCAGCUGGGGACCUUGGGAGCCGGCAACCACUACGCGGAAAUCCAGGUGGUGGAUGAGAUCUUCAACGAGUACGCAGCCAAGAAGAUGGGCAUUGACCACAAGGGCCAGGUGUGCGUGAUGAUCCACAGCGGGAGCAGAGGCCUGGGCCACCAGGUCGCCACAGACGCACUGGUGGCUAUGGAAAAGGCCAUGAAGAGAGACAAGAUCAUCGUCAAUGACCGGCAGCUGGCCUGUGCUCGGAUCGCUUCCGUGGAAGGUCAGGACUACCUCAAGGGCAUGGCGGCCGCCGGGAACUACGCCUGGGUCAACCGCUCCUCCAUGACGUUCCUAACCCGUCAGGCUUUUGCCAAGGUCUUCAAUACCACCCCCGAUGACUUGGAUCUGCACGUGAUCUAUGACGUCUCUCACAACAUCGCCAAAGUCGAGCAGCAUGUGGUGGAUGGGAAGGAGCGGACGCUGCUGGUGCACAGGAAGGGGUCCACGCGGGCGUUCCCGCCUCACCAUCCCCUCAUCGCUGUCGACUACCAGCUCACUGGACAGCCAGUGCUCAUUGGUGGCACCAUGGGAACCUGCAGUUACGUCCUUACUGGCACUGAGCAGGGCAUGACCGAGACCUUUGGAACAACCUGCCACGGAGCGGGCCGAGCACUGUCCCGAGCAAAGUCCCGGCGUAACCUGGACUUCCAGGAUGUCUUAGACAAGCUGGCGGACAUGGGGAUUGCAAUCCGCGUGGCCUCGCCCAAACUGGUUAUGGAAGAGGCUCCCGAGUCCUAUAAGAACGUGACGGAUGUGGUGAAUACCUGCCAUGAUGCUGGGAUCAGCAAGAAGGCCAUCAAACUGAGACCCAUCGCUGUUAUCAAAGGGUAGGACUUGGACCAGUGCGGACACAGACACCACUGACCCUCACUGAAGUGGAAGUGGACCGAAAUGCUCUUUCAGACCUGGCAGGUUCCAAAGUAUGCAGCUAUCCCUCACCAUGCUGGCGUAGCUGAUGGGGAGCCAUGGCUACAGAUGGUCUGAAGGAGUCACCCUGUCCCCAUUUGGAAAGAGGUGGAUGUGCUCUGUUGUCCCAUGGGUUUUUAGUAAACUGUAUUGGCAGUUGGGAAGGAGUCAAGAAAUGGCCUUACUUGGUUAUGCAAGUCUUUAAUCAUCAGAAUGACCUUUCCUUCAAAUUUGGUUUACAUCCCAAGAGGUGCCAUGAAGAAUGUUCUAUUAAAUCUGAAGGUUUUGUGAUGUUGUUUCUCUUCCCUCACUUUGUCAGUUUGUCCAUCCAUCCUCCCAUCUACACACCAAAUUGGCACUGAACAGCAUCUUAAAAUUCCCCUUUUACUUGGAUGACACCUUAGGUGUCAGCUGGCCAGGCAGCAGGGAGCACUGAGAACAGGCUGUGUCUGCGUAUGCGAGACUUGGGACCCAGAAGAGAACCCACUGUUCGUAGCCUCCACACUUUUCCCAUUCUGAAUACAGGGCAGUGCGUUAUCACAGUGGCCUCUGCUAGGCCUGACCCAGCUAGCUGCUUUUUGAGUAUCGCCUUAGCAGCAACAACAAUUAAAAAAAAAAACCCUCAUGUAAGACAAGAAUUUUGGUGUUGUUUGAAUUAUUAUCAGAGCAUUAAAUGGCUGGAGCUGGGGCCUAAAAGCUGCUGUAUUUCUACAGAUCAGCUAGUGUCAGGCUGUCCAAUCAUGCUUUGUGUUACCUGUGGUGAUGCUUCAAAGACGUCCCAGUGUGAGUUACACAUUACCAAGGCCUUAGUCAAAUCAAAGCCGCCAGUAAAAUGCAAAAAUCUAAUGAAGUUGCCAUGUGCUAUUUGUGUUUUAAUGCUUUAUGUUGUGUAGCUUAGGACAAUUAAUAUUUGUACUUGAUUCACUUUGACAAUGUUGUAGUUUCUGAUUUCCUCCCAAGUUUAACAACUCAUCCUUAAAAAAAAAAAAAAUUUCUCCUAAAACGUAUCCCGCCGCUUACUCUAUGGCCCCAGUAGGGCCUCUUCUGAACCCUGCGGUUAGGAAGGCCGGAGAACAAUAGGCUUCCCUGACAAAUGUGUGUGAUAGGAAACGGCAGUCACAGCUCCUUACCGGAGUACUCAAUAAUGUCCGUGUGUUUAAUGAUAGAGUUUAAAAAGCAUAAAUGGGUAGCAAUUUCAAUGUGGUAAUUACAGAUUUCUCAUGCCUUCAGCCUGGACCAGCCAGUAUGGGACCCCAGUGAGCGCCAGAGGGGUGAGCAGCAGGCAUCUGGCAGGGUGCUAGGCUCUGUGCCAAGGAGGCAGCAUGGGAAGAUCUGAGCACUCGCUCUAACCGGGCCUGCCUCCCAACGGCAUGCAUUGGAAAUGAAUCCAGCGCCUGGUCUCCCAGAGCCACUGGUGGCAGUGCAGGAAGUGCUGUAGGUGUAGAAGCCCAAGGCGGAUUGUGUUAGGUGCUUUGAAACAUGCUCUGCUGUGGCGAGGAAGGGAGAGGAAGAAUGGUUAGGAGAUGGAGCUUUCUGCUCUGAGACCGUCCUACGAAGCACCCUCCAGCAGACUCGCCCUUUUCAUGACCAUAGAAAGUAAUGGUUUGUAUUUUGAGAUCGAAAGAUGGGUUGUUUUCCUUCUAAAGGCGUUCUUAGCACGCCUCUUGAGGAGCCGACCCAGCUUCCCCAGUCGUGAAGGACAGUUGUGACCAUGCGCAUCCUCACCCUGGUUUGCUCUUCCACGGGACAGGCAGAGAGGCUGAUCUCCCAAACACCCCAGAAGCCAAGACUGGGCCGAGCCAAAGCUUGGAAGCCUCAAUGGAAUCUGGAACUCAGCUAGUUGAGCCAUCGCCCACUGCCUCCCUGGACCUCAGACCCAGGCACACUGGUCUGGGAUGCAGCCUCCUUUUCUUAAAGCCACGAAAAGAAAUUGGUUCGUGAUUAUUGCUAUGCGAACUACUGACAUUUGCAAAGUAAUAAUGAACUGUAUCAUGCCUGUUGGCCACGUAUGAUUAGAAAAACCAAUUUAUGGGGCUGGUGUGAUGGUGUAUCAAGCUCAUCUGCCUGCUAACUCUGGCAUCCCAUAUGGACAGCAGUUUGUGUCCCAGCUGCUCCUCUUCCAAUUCAGUUGCCUGCGUAUGGCCUGGGAAAGCAGUGGAGGAUGGGCCAAGUCCUUGUGCCCCUGCACCUGUGUGGGAGACCUGGAAGAAGCUUCUGGCUCCCAGCUUUGAAUCAUCUCACCUCUAGCCAUUCCAGCUAUUUGGGGAAUGAACCAGCAUAUGGAAACCCUCUCUUUCCUUCCCCCUGUAAAAUCUGCCUUUCAAAUAAAAUGAAUGUUAAAAAAAAAAAAUCAUGAGAUAUAAACAAAAUACCAACACUAAUUUUCUGAUUGUGAGAGUAUUUCUUAGGGCAGCAAAGAAAUUAGCAGUUGGAUGUUAAAUAAAAUCUUAGAACUCUU